CUUUUGAACACCUCCAUAUUCAUCAUGGGCGUCCUGAACCGCGAAGGGGAUCUGCAGUCAUAUGGAUACAAAGACGACGACUUCCCAACGGGCUCGUCCGAAGUCCAGCUCCAGACCGAGAAGAGUAUUCGUGGCGCCUUCUUUUCAUAUACCCAAGAGAACCCUAUGCCAAAGCCAAUUGCAGGCCUUGAACUCAAGAGACUUCGCCAUGUAGAAUAUAUCCUCGGUGGAAUCGACUCCCUGGAAUGGUACUGGACCGCUCUGGACGCUAGCAAACCAUGGCUCUGCUAUUGGAUGCUUCAAUCGCUGGACCUCCUUGGACACAAGAUCCCAGAACAAUUGGCACAAAGAACCGUCUCGACCCUUCGUCACAUGCAGUGCGAGACUGGAGGAUUUGCUGGUGGGCCUGGACAGGAGGCACAUUUGGCGCCAACAUAUGCUGCGGUGAAUGCAUUGGCCAUCAUUGGGACUAAGGAAGCUUAUGAUGCGAUCAACCGCACGACACUGUUGGAGUUCUUGAUGCGUGUGAAGCAGGAAGAUGGGUCAUUCAAAAUGAUGGUUGGUGGCGAGAUUGAUGUCCGAGGAAGUUAUUGUGCCAUGUCAGCGGCGACGAUUACGAACAUUCGCACACCGGAACUAGAACAGGGCGUUGCAGAGUUCAUUGGACGGUGUCAGACUUACGAAGGCGGAUUGGGCGCAGUCCCGGGAACUGAAGCGCAUGGAGGAUACACGUUUUGUGCAUUAGCAGCGUUGGAGCUGUUAGGUCGGACUGAUGUAUUAAAUGUUGAUACAUUGGUAAAAUGGAGUGCGAGUCGACAGAUGUCGCUUGAGGGAGGAUUCCAGGGAAGGACCAACAAGUUGGUCGAUGGCUGCUAUUCGUUCUGGAUGGGCGGCGUCUUCCCUAUCAUUGGCAAGAUGCUUGAGAAUCUGGACCAGGAUAAGAACGUUCUGGAUUUCAUCUAUGACCGAGAUGCACUGCAGGAGUACUUGCUGGUAGCAUGUCAGAGCAAAUGGGGUGGUCUCCGUGAUAAGCCAUCAAAAUCGGUCGACUACUACCAUACAUGCUAUUGCCUAAGUGGUCUGUCGGUAUCACAGCACCAGAUCUCUUUUCGACAUGACUUGAAAAACAUUGCCUCGGGCGCGCUUUCCAUCCUGCUUUGGACUGAGAGUAUCGACAAGCUCUGUGUAGUUGGUUCAGCAGCGAAUGUAGUGGAGGCAACACACCCAGUGCUCAAUAUCCGGCUGGACAAAAUCAGAAAGGCCUUCGUGUACUUUUACGGGAAAGCGGCUGAGGACGUGAUUGAAGAGGUCGAUAUUGAGAUAAUCCAUUAAUGAAUGGGACCGAAGUAGCAGAUAAUAGAUUGGCGUGAGCUAAUUCAUCGGAGCGCCACUCAAGCUCUGAAGACCUGGAGAAGUUUGAGAAUGUAUUCUCUGCAGAUGGGACAGGCUCGAUCUUUAUCCAUAAUUUGUUUGCCACUAAAAAAAGAAAAAAGAAAAAAAGUUAGUUAAAUGGAAUAACAAUAACUGCAAUAAAAGAAAUGGAGCUGCAUCCAUACCAAUCCAUGC